GGAGGGAAAAUGUCUCCGUCCAGAGCUGGGCAGCGCCGCGGCGUUUGGGGGGCUCUCCGGGGCUUGCCACCAAGUGGAGGAUCCAGCUGGCAGUAGCAGCCAUGUAGGACCCUUCAGGAACCUGAUGGAAAGAAAAAGACUCAGGAAGGUAAAAACAAGGGAAAGAAGGCAGUGGAUACAAAACAGAAAAAAGCUGAUUUGGAUUCUACUUCUGCAAAUAUGAGGGAUUCUAAAGAGGGUCAUAAAGAGGAAGAUGAAACACCUUCUGUUUCUGCUGUACUGUCCCUGGAACAAACAGCUGUGAUUCAGGAAAUGGUAAAUCAAGAUGUACUUCCAAAGCUGAUGAUCCCCAGUCCUACCAGUGAACCACAAAUGGUAACUGAAGACAAACAAGGAGAAGCAAUAAACUGUGCAUCGGAUGAUUUAGAUGAUGAUGAAGAGGAGGAUGAUGAAGAGGAGGAAGAUGAAGAGGAGAUAGAAGAUACCAAUAUGCCUAAAGAAAAUGCUGAAAUGCCUUUGAUAUGUGAAGAAAAGUUAGACUCUAUGGAAGAGCAAAAGAGUACGUCAGAAGACUCCCCAGAAAGCUCUCCAAAGAAAAAACUUGUUGUGAAAAUUCCAAAAGUGAGAGGUGAAUCAAAUGGUGAUGUUCAGGAAACAUUCAUGUUUCCCUGUCAGCAUUGUGAGAGGAAGUUUACAACAAAGCAAGGACUUGAACGCCACAUGCACAUCCAUAUAUCUACUAUUAACCAUGCUUUCAAGUGUCGAUAUUGUGGGAAAGCCUUUGGUACUCAAAUUAACAGGCGAAGACAUGAGCGACGUCAUGAGGCAGGGCCAAAAAGGAAACCGUUCUUAACACUAACGUCAUCACAACACUUGGAUAACGUUGCUGAUAACCAAGUAAUUGUGGAUGAUGGUCUUAAAGAUGACCUGAACAUUUCCAGUCUUGUGCAAGACUCUGUUGUCUUGGAUUCUGAGAAGGUUUCCCAAGAAAUGUCAAACUCCUCUUUUGCUGAGGAAAAUAAGGAGCCCAGAGAAUUGCAUCCAUGCAAAUACUGCAAAAAGGUUUUUGGAACUCACACCAACAUGCGGAGGCAUCAGCGUAGGGUUCAUGAGCGUCAUCUUAUUCCCAAAGGUGUCAGAAGAAAAGGAUUCUUUACUGAAGAGCCACCGCUUCAGACAGAGCAGGCCCCACCAGUCCAGAGUGUAUAUAUAGCAAGUACAGAAAUAGAAGAGGAAGGUGAAGUAGAUGAUGUCUAUAUUAUGGAUAUUUCCAGCAAUAUCUCUGAAAAUUUAAAUUAUUACAUUGAUGGUAAAAUUCAGUCCAACAGCAGCACUAGCAAUUGUGAUGUGAUUCAGAUGGAGUCCAACUCUGCAGACUUAUAUGGACUAAAUUGUAUAAUCAGUCCAGUCACGGUGGAAAUUUCCCCAAAUUUAAAGGUUACGCAAACACACGUGAAUGAACCUCCUAAGGAACCCUCUAGCAGUGGGAGCAAUGAAUCCAAAAAGAGGAGAACUGCCAGCCCUCCUCUUGUACCAAAAAUAAAAACGGAAAUAGACCCAGAACCUAUAACUCCUACUAGCUCUUUAAAUCUUCCUCUUAGCAUUUCAACAGAAAGCUUACCUUUUCAUAAAGAAAAAGGUGUUUAUUUGUCAUCAAAAUUAAAACAGCUUCUUCAGACACAGGACAGUAAGAAGAUAACUCCGUCAAGUGAAAUCCCUAAACUAGGACCUUCUGUUACAUCAUCACCUAUUUUGCCUCCAGUGUCCAGUAGAUUUAAAAGAAGGACCAGCUCUCCACCCAGUUCUCCACAGCACAGUCCAGUGCUUCGAGAUUUUGUCAAAUCAGGUGAGGGAAAAACUGUGUGGAAUGAUAAUAUUCGGAGUUCAAAAAUGCCAAAGUUAGAAAGCCACAGCAACUCACCUGCUUGGAGCUUGACUGGAAGGGAGGAAAAAGAGACUUUGAGCCCUCUUUGCUUUGAAGACUAUAAAAUACCAAAAGACUGGACAGCAGCUCCGACUUUUGGCAAUGUGUGCAACCAGCAGCCACUGGAUUUAUCUAGUGGUGUGAAACAAAGGUCUGAUGUCAAAAAUAAGAAUCAGGUUCCCUGGGAAUCUGUUUUAGAUUUGAGUGUGCAUAAGAAGCCUUGCAGCGAUACUGAAAUUAGGGAAUAUAAAGAAAAUUCCAUACAGCCAACUUGUAGCGGUGUUAAAAAGAAGAAACCAACCACUUGCAUGUUACAGAAGGUUCUGCUGAAUGAGUAUAAUGGAACGGAUGCAGCCACAGACAGCACACUCGGUGUAAACAGGAGCGCAAGCCCAAGCAAAUCCCUGGAGCCUCAGGCAGAACCUGACAUGGAUCCCAGUCUAUCUGCAUCGUCUUCUGUUGACACUCAGCCCCUUAGUUCCUCUGUUUCCCCUGUACCACAGACAUCUGCUGUACCUUCCAUGUGCCAGCUGCCUCCUUUGCUAACACCAACCAAUCCUCCUUCCCCACCGCCCUGCCCGCCUGUGUUAACAGUUGCUACAUCACCUCCUCCCCUUCUUCCAACAAUGCCGUUAUCAAUUCCAGAUGUCUCUGCCAGUGCCACUAACACUUCUUCUUGUCCAUCGCCACUUUCUAACACUACUACCCAGUCCCCGCUACCAGUUCUUUCACCUACGGUUUCUCCUUCCCCAUCUCCUGUUCCUUCUGUUGAACCUCUUAUUUCUGCUGCUUCACCUGGUCCUCCUACACUCUCUUCCUCAUCUUCCUCCUCCUCUUCCUCCUCUUUCUCCUCCUCUUCAUCUUCAUCAUCUCCAUCUCCACCUCCUCUUUCUGUAGUUUCUUCUGUUGUUUCUUCUGCUGAUAAUCUUGAAAAUACUCUCCCAAUAAUAAAACAGGAGGAAGCUGAAAAUGAACAACAGAAAGCAAGAGAAGAUCCUCGUACUUCAAGUGAAUUGGGAGUAGUGCAGGAAACAUUCAAUAAAAGCUUUGUGUGCAAUGUCUGUGAAUCACCUUUUCUUUCUAUUAAAGACCUAACGAAGCAUUUAUCCAUUCAUGCUGAAGAAUGGCCCUUCAAAUGUGAAUUCUGUGUACAGCUUUUUAGGGAUAAAACAGACUUGUCGGAACAUCGCUUUCUGCUUCAUGGAGUAGGAAAUAUCUUUGUUUGCUCGGUCUGUAAAAAGGAAUUUGCUUUUUUGUGCAAUUUGCAACAGCAUCAGCGGGAUCUCCAUCCAGACAAAGAGUGCACACAUCAUGAGUUUGAAAGUGGGACUUUGAGACCCCAGAAUUUUACUGACCCCAGUAAGGCGAACGUGGAGCACAUGCAGAGCCUGCCAGAAGAUUCUUUGGAACCUUCUAAAGAGGAGGAAGAUGAAGAUCUAAAUGAUUCCUCCGAAGAGCUUUACACUACUAUAAAAAUAAUGGCUUCUGGAGUAAAAUCUAAAGAUCCAGAUGUUCGUAUGGGCCUCAAUCAACACUACCCAAGCUUUAAACCACCUCCAUUUCAGUAUCACCAUCGUAAUCCGAUGGGUAUUGGAGUUACUGCAACAAACUUCACUACCCACAAUAUUCCACAGACUUUUACUACUGCCAUUCGAUGCACAAAAUGUGGGAAGAGUGUUGAUAACAUGCCGGAGUUACACAAACACAUAUUGGCCUGUGCAUCUGCCAGUGAUAAAAAGAGAUACACACCUAAAAAAAAUCCAGUACCACUGAAACAGACAGUGCAGCCUAAGAAUGGCAUGGUUGUUAUAGCUGGCCCUGGAAAGAAUGCCUUCAGACGAAUGGGGCAGCCUAAAAGACUUAAUUUCAAUGUUGAGAUUAGCAAAAUGUCCUCAAAUAAACUAAAAAUAAGUGCAUUGAAAAAGAAAAACCAACUUGUCCAGAAAGCUAUCUUGCAGAAAAAGAAAUCUGCCCAGCAGAAGGCAGAAUUGAAAACUAAUCCAUCUGAGUCAGACUCUCACAUCUGCCCCUACUGUAACAGAGAGUUUACUUAUAUUGGAAGUUUGAAUAAACACGCGUCGUAUAGCUGUCCCAAAAAGCCCAUCUCUCCCUCCUCUAAAAAGAAUUUUUCAAAAAAAAGUGCAAGUUCUUCACCUGCAAGCAGCGAAAAGGGCAACAACCAGCGUAGGCGAACAGCAGAUGCAGAAAUCAAAAUGCAAAGCAUGCAGCCUCACUUGGGCAAGACAAGAGCACGAACCUCAGGACCUGCACAAACCCAGCUUCCUUCUGCAUCCUUCAAAUCAAAACAAAAUGUUAAAUUUGUACCUCCCAUUCGAUCGAAAAAGCCAAAUUCAUCUUCGUCAUUGAGGAACUCUAGUCCUGUAAGAGUGUCCAAAAUGUCCCACGUUGAUGGGAAAAAAACUAAGGUGGUCGCUAAGAACAAUUCCUCUGGAAUCUCAAGCAAAGCAUCCCGGAAAUUGCACGUCAGAAUACAAAGGAAUAAUAAGGCUGUUUUGCCAAGUAAGUCUGCUGUGGCAAGUAAGAAAAAGGCAGACAGAUUCAUUGUAAAAUCUAGAGAGAGGAUUGGAGGACCUAUUACACGAAGCCUACAGCAGGCGGCAAAUGCAGAGGCAGCAGAAAACAAAAGAGAUGAAAGCAGUGCAAAGCAAGAACUAAAAGAUUUCAGGAAUCUCCUGUAAAAACAAACCAAACAAAAAAAUCCCUUAAUGACAUGGUAGAGCUGUUGCAUGCUCAACUUAGGAUAAGCACUACGACAAUGGAUGUGAAAUCCACCAAGCUUGCGAAACCAGCUGAAGCUGACUCACAAUCAUAAAAUUGCCUGCAGGCUUCUUGCUAAUAUUCAGUGUCAGGCAUAGAUUUUCUUAUUUCGUGCUUGACACACAUGCUGGGCUACAGGAUGAUUCAGAUAAGAGAAGAGUACUAUUAAAAACAAAACAAACCCACAGGAAGCCAUCAAAAGAAAUAGUGGGAUUAACUAAACCAAACCUUUUGCUCUCGUGUUUGCUUAGAUCCUGGUUUUGUCCGUACCUUCACGAAUGGCAUACAGGCAGUUCAGUUGUGUGCUUGGCAAAGCAGGUUCCUUAGUUUUGCCAAUAAUUCAGUGUAGAUUCAGGGACAACAAAUGUUGCUGCACUCAAAGUAUUUUUGAAAUGUAUUAAGUCUCUUAAAGCCUUUUGUCUAAAUGAAUCAGUAGAGGCCAACCUCGCACGACAGACUUUCCUUUUCUUCCCACCUUCUCCUCACUUUCUGAGUCUUUUAGAUGUCCGGCAUACAGUGGGAAAAAGCCUGAUUUGGAUGUUUUAUGGAUUUUCCAAAUUCCUAUUUAUACACGCAAAUGAAACUUUAUAUAGCAAUGAAAUAUCGAUAUCAAUUUCUAAAUACCAUAUAUAUGAUGAAUGCAGUGUAUCUUUUUAUCGAUAAGAAGGCUAGACCAGGACUACAUACCUGUAUAUUUUGAAAGUUAAAUAUAUAAUUACUCUAAAAGGUCGUACACCUCUAUCUAAUAACUUAAGACAACAAAUUGGUCUGUUGUUCGUAACAGCUUUUUAUGGAAAUACAGUUUGUCAUGUGUUCAUAUAUCUUUCAAGAUUAAUGACAGAAUUGAUGGAAAGUGACUAGUUUCUUUAUACAGCCACCCCUUUUAUUUUUUGUUCUUGACUUAAAAAGUAAUCUACCUCUUAAAAAUUUGUAGUUUAAUACUGAUUUGGUGAAUUUGUGCCACUUUAACUUUCACUUUCACUAUCAUUCCCAUUUUGUUACAUUUCUGUUAUGGGGACUUUAUGUUGAAAUAUUGUAUAAAGCAUUUGUAGCAAGUUUAAAAAAUAAAAUAUUUAAAAUUA